AAAAUAGAAGAGAUGAAAAGCCCUCGGGAUGCAGCUGUGCAGGUGUCAAACUAAAUCCGCUGCUAAGAACGACCUGAACCUCUCUGCUUCUCUUCACUUGGCUGAGUUCCUCUCUUGGCUCAGGGUUAGUGAUCUUGCAUGGCAUAGGAGGCUUAGGACCCAGGGGGCGCCUUUCAGCUGAAAAACACCUCUCGCUGCAGCAAGCUAGCUGGGAAGCUCCCAGUUCUAAAGAGAGGCUGUUUACCAGAAGAGCAUAACAAGGGCAGGUCUGACUGCGAAGCUGGGGCUGGGAGGCAGAGCCGCCGCCAAGGGGACCCUGGUUGGACACUGGUUGUUCGAUCGCCUGCAGGAGGAAGGAGGCGAGGAUGCUGUUGGCCUGGGUACAAACACUGCUCUUCAGCAACAUGCUUCUAGCAGAAGCCUAUGGAUCUGGAGGCUGCUUCUGGGACAACGGCCACCUGUACCGGGCGGACCAGCCCUCGCCUGCGCCGGGCCUCCGCUGCCUCAACUGGCCGGACGCGCCGAGCGGCCCGGCGUCGGCCCCCGAGUCGGGCGCCGGCAACCACAACUAUUGCCGAAACCCCGACCGGGACCCGCGCGGGCCCUGGUGCUACGUCAGUAGCGAGGAUGGCGUCCCCGAGAAGCGGCCUUGCGAGGACCUGCGCUGCCCAGAGACCACUUCCCAGGCCCCGCCAGCCUCCACAGUAGAAACUGAGGAGGGACCUGAAGUGCCAGGUGAAGAUGAGGUGCAGGUGUUCGCCCCAGCCAACGCCCUGCCCGCCCGGAGUGAGGCGGCAGCUGUGCAGCCAGUGAUUGGGAUCAGCCAGCGGGUACGGAUGAAUGCCAAGGAGAAAAAGGACCUGGGAACUCUGGGCUAUGUGCUGGGCAUUACCAUGAUGGUGAUCAUCAUUGCCAUCGGAGCUGGCAUCAUCUUGGGCUACACCUACAAGAGGGGGAAGGAUUUGAAAGAGCAGCAUGAGCAGAAAGUAUGUGAGAGGGAGAUGCAGCGGAUCACCCUGCCAUUGUCGGCCUUCUCGAACCCCAGCUGUGAGAUUGUGGAUGAGAAGACUGUCGUGGUCCAUGCCAGCCAGACUCCAGUCGACCCUCAGGAGGGCAACAUCCCCCUUAUGGACCAGGCCGGCACUCCCGGGGCCUGAGCCCCGCCGGUGGGCAGGAGCCCAUGCAGACACUGGUGCAGGACAGCCCACCCUCCGACAGCUGGGAGGAUCUACACUUUGUGUUGUGGUUAAAACCCUACCCCGACUUUUUUUUUUCCUUGGUGAAUCCUAAUAACUGAGAGAAGCAGGUGGCGCUGUGGGCUAAGGGCAAGGCUGGGUAGGCUCCUAACAAUGCUCUUCCAUCCCCUGGAGCAGGAUUUUGCUGGUGGAUGGAGACAGCAGCAGCUCCCCCUGUGGUGCUGCUGGCAAGGGCUUCCAAACGUUGCCCGUUUCCUUGGAGCUGAAUCAGGGACAGACCGGGAGCUCCCCAGGCUCCUCUGCGCUGUACUAUCUAAGAUGGCCUCAGUCUCCGUGGUGGGCUUGAAUGGCGUACACUGUUAUUCAUAGUUAAGGUCAAGCAGGUCAAGUGGCAGCAUUGAAAAAAUAUAUUUAGUUUUAAAAAGUAUUUGGGACGGAACUCCCUACUGACCUCUGAGAACCAGAAAUGAGUUUGUACAGAAGUCAGAACUGUGGGCUGAGAAUGAGAUCUAGGCUGUGGGCCGCUGGGUGUGCUCCAGCUUGCUGGCAGCGAUGUGCCUUGAUAACCGUGGGCCAGGCCUGGGCCCAGGGACUCUUCCUGUUUCGUAAGGAAAGGAAGGGAAGAAUUGCACUGAACAUUCCACUUAGGAAGAGGAUAGAGAAGGAUCCGCUCUAGCUUUAGUUCCCAGGGGCAGAGGUGGACCUGAGGUUCAUUCUGCACGGGUCAGACAGCAGUCAGCUAACCCAUGGGAAUUACGCUGUGGGGCCUGUGAGCUGCUUCUGGGAGGGUAACCUGGAAACUAAGCUCAGAGGCAAGGUAAUAAAAGCACUUCAGGGCUUAUCCCUGCAGUGGGCCCGAGGUGGCAGGUGGUCCUGUGGCCUCCAGGCCAGCACCUUCCUGUAAGAAUGAGGCUAGGGUUAUAACCUUAACUUGCAAAACAAUAACCACAGAACCAUUGGAAAGGACCUUACGGUUCUUUAAGCCUUUUGGACAUAGGCCCAUAGAGGGAAAAGUGACUUGCCCAAGGUCACAGAGCAAGCUACUGGCAUGGCCAAGAGGAGAGCCCGGCUUCCUGACUGAGCGCAUUUCUCCACUGCACUGUGCUGGAGGCUCAGCAGGGCCUCCAAGCCCUGAUGCCACACUCAGGCCUUGGCAGCACUCCCGAGCCACAGAGCUUCCUUCCCGGGGCCCUUCCACUGCCUGACGUGGAGAGGGGGUUAGUGGAGCCCAUUCCCUUCAGCAGGCUGUUCCCUGGAGUCAUUUGCUGUGGGGGCCUACACCUCAGGCGGUCCCUUGGUGAUGCUAGAGAAGAGAACAUUACUGGUUUCUACUUUUCUAUAAAAGCAUUUCUCUGUAUACGUGUUUUAUAUACCUCAUUCUGACACCUGCAUAUAAAGUGUGGGAAAUUGCUCUGUAUUUGACUUAUUAAAAAAAAAAAAGACC